AUGUCGUCUUCUUCUUCCUCCUCCAAGGCGUGGAGCUUGGGGCGCCUGUCUCUUUCCUCCAGGAAAGGCAGCCUGAAGCCCUCCGUCCUGGAGCUGGCCGAGAACGCCCCCAACACCCACUACGCGCCGUUUUCCGUCUCCUCGCCCGCGGGAGCCCUGGGCGCGAAAGAGCCGCCAAGCAGCGGCGAAGUAGCCGAGGCGGCCACGGUAGUGAUGAGCGGCGAUUUCCCGCGCCCGCCGAUCAGCUUGGACCCGCGCGUCUCCAUCUACAGCGUCCGCAAACCUCUGCUCAGCCGCAGCAACAUCCAAGGCCGGGUUUACAACUUCUUGGAGAGACCCACCGGCUGGAAGUGCUUCGUCUAUCAUUUCACCGUUUUCCUCAUAGUGCUGAUCUGCCUUAUAUUCAGUGUGCUUUCCACGAUUGAUCAAUAUGCAACUCUGGCCACAGGGACAUUAUUUUGGAUGGAAAUUGUAUUAGUGGUAUUUUUUGGAACUGAGUAUGUGGUUCGAUUGUGGUCUUCAGGAUGCCGCAGUAAAUAUGUUGGCUUCUGGGGAAGGCUUCGUUUUGCUAGAAAACCCAUUUCCAUCAUUGAUCUUAUUGUAGUUGUCGCCUCCAUGAUAGUGCUAUGUGUUGGUUCAAAAGGUCAAGUUUUUGCAACAUCAGCUAUCAGAGGCAUCCGGUUUCUGCAGAUUUUGCGCAUGCUUCAUGUAGAUCGGCAGGGUGGCACAUGGAGACUGUUGGGAUCUGUAGUGUUCAUACAUAGACAGGAAUUGAUAACUACCCUGUAUAUUGGGUUUCUGGGCUUAAUUUUUUCUUCAUAUUUCGUGUAUUUGGCUGAAAAAGAUGCUGUGAAUGACUCGGGCGAGCAUGAAUUUAGCAGCUAUGCUGAUGCACUUUGGUGGGGAGUUGUGACUGUUACAACCAUUGGUUAUGGAGACAAGGUGCCUCAAACAUGGAUAGGAAAAACUAUUGCAUCUUGCUUUUCUGUAUUUGCAAUAUCAUUUUUUGCCUUGCCUGCAGGAAUCCUUGGUUCUGGUUUUGCUCUCAAGGUACAGCAGAAACAAAGGCAAAAGCAUUUUAACCGACAAAUUCCAGCAGCUGCUUCUCUUAUUCAGACAGCCUGGAGGUGCUACGCAUCAGAAAACCCAGAUUCUUCCACAUGGAAAAUAUAUAUUAAAAAGCCUUCCAGAAGUUAUCACCUGUUGUCUCCUAGUCCCAAGCCAAAGAAAAUAGCAAUGGUGUCGGUAAAAAAGAAGAAAACCAAAACAGAAAAGGAUAAUGGAUCACUUUCUCCUGAUAAAAUUUUACCUGUUCCACAAAUCACAUUUGACCAUGUGUUGGAGGAUAGGAAAGCUGUUUUUCAAAUGGAUAGCUAUGAAAAUUCUGACCGACAGCAUUCCUGGACAUCCUUUACUUCAGAGCAACCAUCUCCCAGUUCUCCAGUUAAAAGGAACUCUCCAUUUUUAGAGCCACAUACAGGACCAUUCAUUAGAACAAACAGCUUUGCUGAUGAACUUGACCUGGAAGGGGAGACUUUGCUGACUCCAAUAACUCACAUCUCACAUUUGAAAGAACAUCACCGUUCUGCCAUUAAAGUGAUACGCCGUAUGCAGUAUUUUGUGGCAAAGAAGAAAUUUCAGCAAGCUAGAAAGCCUUAUGAUGUUCGUGAUGUGAUAGAACAAUAUUCUCAGGGUCAUCUCAACUUAAUGGUCCGAAUCAAAGAGCUUCAGAGAAGAUUGGACCAAUCUAUAGGGAAGCCAUCACUAUUUAUUUCUGUCUCAGAAAAAAAUAAAGAUCGAGGGACUAAUACAGUUGGUGCCCGGCUAAACAGAGUCGAAGAAAAGGUAGUCCAAAUAGACCAGAAGCUGAAUCUCAUCACAGAUUUGCUGCACCGCCUGCUUUCCAGCCAGCAAGGAAACCAAGGCAGCACCAAAGCAUCUCCCAGGAAUGAUGUCAGCUCUAGCCUACUUUCCAGCAGCGCUCUCCCAACCUAUGAACAGCUAAACGUUCCAAAGGCACUGCAAGAUGAUGGUUCCUGAUGCCACGGAGAUUUGUUUCCUUUCAUGAAAUUGACACUCAAUAUUAUGAAUCUUGAUGAGGGUUGGGGAUAAAUUUAAGCUCAGAAUCAGCCAUACAAGCCUGACACGUUACUUUUAAGCUAAUUUUACUGUCUUCUUAUCUGUUGUUCCAAAGAGAAUAAUUCAGACAACUAACAAACCUUAAAACCCACACUGUGUUGUUAUUCUUUAUUCAUGUGAUGCACUCAUGAACUCUAAUUUCUCUCCCUCCCUCUCUCUCUCUCUCUCUCUCUCUCUCUCUGUGUGUGUGUGUGUGUAAAUCUGCUACAAUCGAUCUCAAUAUUAAAUCAGUACAGGUAGUCCUCGAUUUACGACCACCAUUGGGACCAGAAUUUCUGUUGCUUAGGAAGAUAGUUGUUAAGUGAAUCAUGUCUGAUUUUACAACAUGCUGCCAUAGUUGUUAAGUGAAUAGUCAUUGCAGUUCUUAAAGGAAUCCUGGAGUCAUUAAGCAAAUCCAGGUUCUCCAUUGAAUUUGCUUGUCAGAA